AUGCUGCUCUGCUCUGCUCUGCUCUGCUUUCUCAUUUUCCUUCACCUUGCUGUCUGCAUGACGCGGCCGUUCAUCCUCGCCCUCAUCCCCGCACCUUCACUGUGGGGUGGUAAUAGCGGGGACGAGGGCAAGCGAAUCUCCCACCAAAUGGCCUGGACGAUUCAAUUGCGAUGGCCGGGAGGUCAAGCGACGCGUGAGCUGGAAGCAGGAGGAGAGACUCCUGUCAAGUCUUUGAGAGCUCUAUGCAGCCAAGUAGCGGGAAUCUGCGAGGGCGAGCUGAUCAUCAAGGCGGGGUAUCCUCCUCGCAAAGUCUCCGAGGCAAGCAGCGCGUGCAAUGAGGAGGGAGGAAGAAACGCGGAGGUCUCGACCUGCUCUGCGCUCUUCAGUCUGAAGAUGCAGCAGGAAUUGAGCAUCGAGGCAGUAGGAAUCGUGAACAAGGACUCGUUGAUUGUUGACCGACAAGCGUCUGAGAACAAGUUGACUGAAGGCAAGCAAGCACCUAAGGCUAGAGGCGAAGGAAAGAAGAGGAAGCAGCUUGAACCGCAGGUGCUCUCCUCCCAGCACGAGCAGGAAGAGAGCAAUGAGAGCGAAGUCUAUCAGACGAGGAGCGGCAGGAGAACGACGUGCACGAGGUCUCCUCGCCUCCUCCAUGUCGAUGCGUCUCACUUGCUGGUCACACCUAGCGAGCGAAUGGCGCAGCAUAUGAAGGAGAUGAAGGAGCGUGAGGAAAAGCCAACCCCCCCGCGCAAGUGGGAGCAGGUGGGGAGGGUCGAUGAGAGUGCCCGCCUCACGGGGGAGCAGGGAGCCGCUUCGAAUCCUCGCAAGCGCAUGCCGGGCAAGGGACAACGACUGGACUCCUCCCUCGACUCCCCGACCCCUCAAGCCCCGGCAAGGCAAGAGCCUCAGCUUCCCGCCAUAAGCAUACUCCAGCUGACGGCGAGCUACUCGCGCUGGGAAGCGGUGGCUUCACCUUUGCUCUGGCGGUGGCUGAAAACGUCCUGGGCAGAUGUCAACGAGACGGAAGCGGCUCAGACGGCCAUGGCGGCAGAGCUGGUCAGCACGUUCGAGCCUGGGAAGAGCAAGAAUCCCCUGCGAGUCUCACUGAAGAAUGCGAGGGCUCAGCAGGGAGCGAUUGAGAUGGCGGCAGAUAGGAUCAAAGCUGUGCUGAAAGGGGACGUGAACUUCAUCGAGAAACAAGUUGACGGCAUGUCCGCCAGUGGCCCUGACAGGGGGAGGAAGGACCGUGACGAUCAUCGAGGUCGAGGAGGCGGCGGGCGCAUGUCGCUCAUGGGCCUGCAGGUUAUGACCUUCAUGCUGCGGGCGCUGCUACAGGACGAGGACAGCACGACGCGGGUCAACAUCAAACCGCACAACAUGGCCUGUGUGUCCCCACGCGUCUUUUGGAACAUCGUUCGCCAUUGCAAGGUCGGACCCAGCACCAGCUUCGAAGCUGCCUUCGCCUCCCUAGUCCCCGACGAGAAGUGGGACGUGAUCCUAUCGAGAAACCAGGUGGAGCAUCAGGAAGGCAAGUAUCGCUUCUAG